AUGUCCGCCUACCCCGCCGUCGGCGCAUACGACCGCCGCGCUGCCCCUUCCGGCAGCGGGCCGGCCGUCAUGUACCCGCGCGUGGCGCACCCCGUGCCGUCCGCUUCCCCGUUCUCCGGCGGGGGCGCCACGUCCCUUCACAUGCCGGUCGUGACGGCCGUCGGCGCGGGUGCGCCUAGCGGGGGCUUGGGGGGAGUGGGCGGAAUGGGCGGGAUGGGCGGACACGGCGCAGGUGGCGGAGCGGCAGGGCUUACUGCAGGCCCGGCGCCCAUCGCCAUGGCCAUCAAGACGCAGCUACGGGUUGCACAGCCCCCUCCACUAGCGCCAGUGCAGGCGGUGCCGGUGAGCGCAGCGGCGUUUGACUUCGACGUGGAGAAACAGCUGCUGUCUGAUGCAUCCGCGCUGCGCCAGCGCACCAGCGUGGCCGUGAAACGUGAGGUGGACCCACGGGCCAGCAAGUACAUACAGAUGGGCAUGAACAGAGAAGCAGUCAUCAUGGCACUCGCCAUUCACGGCGACUCGCACUCACAGGUGGUGGACUUCUGCAAUGCAUACACGUUGCUAAGAGAAAUGGGUUUUGACCCGGUCGCCGUCGCAGGCUGUCUGGCGCUAUGUGGCAACGACCGUGACCGUGCGCUGCAGCUGCUAGUCGCAUCGCAGGGGAUCGCGUCGUCUCGUCCUGUCGUCGAUCCUGGGAGCGACCGCAAGGGGGGAAGCAUGCACGUCUCGGCGACCCCGCACGCCACACCGCGCUGCCUCUUUCCGCGCACCACGCGGCGCCCCCUCGCUGCCACUCCAGCUGGCAUCCUGCCCAUCCCCGUCGAUCUGAUCUGCCGCCUGACCUGCCCGCUUCCCCCCACACCCUUCCCCCUCUCCGCACCUCCCCGCACCUCCCGCGUCAUCGUUUCUCGCCAGGAUGCUCUCCGCCCUCUCCCGCGCGCCUCGCGAAAUGCUCGACGGGAGCGGGAAGCGCAAGCUUCCUUCCUCUCCUUCCUUCCGCGCGCAGCCGUCGCGCGUAUCCCCGACCAGCUCUCCCGCGCCGCCUCGUGCCACAUCGCCGCGCGUCUUACCGCCUCUUCGCACCCGCCCCUGCAGACGCCGUCACGCUCGCAUCUAGCGUUUCGUGCCUGCGCGCAGUUUUGUCGAGCGAGCCUUUUCCCCUCCGGCCCAUUCGUCGCGUGCCUCCACCCCAGCGUGAUGGCACACUGCGCCCCAAGGAGAGGUGCUUUGCUCCAAGCCAAGGCACGCGACUCUCUGCUCCGCACGAGCCCUUGUCUCGCACUCGCUCCUCCCUUCCCCUCGUCAUCCCAUCCACCACCAUCCUGCAUCGUCUCGCUGCCACGCCCCUUCAUGUUCCGCUUUCCAUCCAAUGCAAGCACACACGGUCCCCUCGGGGCCACCACACCAUGCAUGCAUGCAACCAGUCACCACCCACUCACUCGCUACCCUCCAGCCUUCCUCACUCUACCUGUCACCCCCGUGCGUGCUCCCUCUCUCAUACCCUCCAGCCUCCCGCUUGCCGCUUUGUCUCGCUCUGCCAUCCCAUCCCAAUCAGCUCGCUCGGAGAAGCUGGCGGAGAUGGGCGGCGGGCUGGGCGGCGAGACUCGGAUCUUUGCGCGCGGGCAGACCAUCUUCUGGCGGCUGCUACAGCUUGCUACGGCUAUCAUCGCGCUGGCAGUCAUGACCGCCUCUAACUCCAACGGCAUGUACUUCCAGUACUACCAGGUGCGUGCUGCAAGUGCUCGUGCUGAAAGUGCCCGUGCUGCUGGUGUGUUGGUGCUACAGCUUGCUACAGCCGCGUUCAUAUUCAUGGUGGCGGCGAUGACAGCAGUGGCAGCGUGGUGCCUCGCCCAUCUGCUGCACUCCAUUGGUCGCCUCAUGACGCGCAAGUGGCGCAUCACGCUCUUCGCGCUCCUUGACUUCGUCAGUGCCUGCCGCCCCUCUGUCCUGCUUUCCGCUGCCCCUUCCUCCUGCCUCACACCCUCUUCCUCCUCUCACCAUCGUCCCCUGCUUCCCUCCUUUUCCAUUUCUCCCCCAGCAUUUGCUUCUCUGCCCAUAACUCGUGGCGUGUAUCGCUCUGGCGGGUGCCUCUGCUGCAGCAAGGUGACUCGAAAGUUGCCUGGCAUUACCUGUAACCCGCACAUUCAUCCCCUCUCCCUGUGCCCCAUCCCUCCACCACUCGCCCCCCUAUCCUCCGUGCAGCUGGUGGCAUGGAUCGCUCUGGCGGGUGCCUCUGCUGCAGCGGGUCUCACCAGCUUUGCCGACAAGGGAUCGGGAAUGGUGCAGCCGGGGUACUGCCAGGUGGGUGGGGAUUGGUUGGUGCAGUGGGACUCCCCCCUCCCCCCUCUCGACACGGCCACUGUGAGCGCAGAUGGGUCUCUUUUCCAGCCUCUGUGCCCGCACCAAGGCCGCACCGCCUUUGAGGCACCUCAAUCACAUGCUGCACUGCUCCUUCUUGCCCCAUCCGCCCCUGCCCCUCUGCUGCAGAUGGGGCUCUUCUCCAGCUUCUGUGCGCGCACCAAGGCCGCCACGGCCAUGGCCUUCAUCACCUUCUUCGUCCUCAUCCCCUCCCUCAUCGCCUCUGCCACCCGAGCCGUCGUCAGCUGGUUCGAGGACUAG